CAGGUACAAUUGCACACUCAUAUGUUACUUCACGUCUCUGCAGAUAUACAUAGAUAAAAAGGAAAACAGACCUGUAUAUACUAAUUUUAGGGUUAGGGUUCUGAAAUCGUUUCCUAUGGGAGACGAUGGAGAAACGUUUUCGUCGAAUAUAAAUAAACCCUCGCCUGAACAAGCUAGUGAAAAGCAGAUAAUCGAAGAGAAAAAAUUGAUUGGUGAAGAAGAAAUAGACAACGCCGAACAAUGUGAAUUUGUUCCUAAUUCAGAUGACUCAAAUGUGCCAUGUAAAGAGAGCGAAGUGUUGGCGCUAGGUGCCGAAUUGGAGAGCCAGGUGGUGGCACUGGAGAAGGAGGCCUCCUUAGAAGGCAGACUCGAAGGGGCAGAGGACAUGCAUGGAGCGGUCGCGGCGGAUGUUGUUGCCGAAGCCAAAGUGGAGGCCGAGGUGGUUGUUGGUGGUGGAGAGAGAUUGGUAGCGGAGGAAGUUCUAGUGGCGGAGUCAAACGUGGAGUUUUUGGAGGAAAAGAUUGGUGGAGAGAACUCUGAUAUUCAUAGUGGCGAGAAAUCGGUGAUGGAUGCAGAAGCCCACUUGCAGGUGCUGGCAGAGGAAACUCCUGUCUGGGACGUUGACGCGGAAUUGGAGAAGGUGGUGGGCGGAGGGGAAAAUGUUUCUGCUAUCAUUGAUCAUACGCUUUCCGGUUCUGCAGUGGUUGCGGCUGAAGAGGUCGAAGGAAUGAUUGAGCCAGUGGACUUUCCAGAGGCGACUGCAGGUGAUGAAGAGAAGAAUGUUUCUCUCGCUGGCGACGUCAGGGAGGCCAAAGAAGUGGUUGAGCCAGGGAACUUAGUAGUAGAGGAGGCAGCUGCAGGUGAUGAUGAGAAGAAUGCCUCCGUUGUAGGUGCUCAGUCGGUGGCUGCAGUUGACGAGGCCAAAAAAGUGAUUCAGACAGGGGACAUUCAAGUGGAGGAGGCAACUGUUGGUGAUGAAGGGAAGGAUGCCUCUAUACUAGGUGUCAAGUCUGUGGCUGCUGUUGGAGAGGUUGAAGAGGUCAAAGAAGUGGUUGAGACAGGGGAAUUUGAAGUGGAGAACACAACUGUAGGUGAUGCAGGGAAGGAUGCAUCUAACAUAGCUAUUUCUUCCCAACUUGAUAGUGCCGAAUCUGUUGCUGCAAGGAGCAAUGAUGUGGUGGUUGACGAAGCUGUGGCCAUGGUUGGAGGAGAAAAGCCGCCUGCUCGGCCAGACAAUUUGCAAUCAAGCCCUAAUGAAUCAGUCACAGUUGAGCAAGAUGCAGAAAUGGCGGUGAUACCCGUGGAAUCUUCUGCAGUGGUGACAGGAGAGGAGAAAGAGGAGUUACCUGACGGUAAAGAAGCAAUGGUAGAUGAGAUUGUGAAAACCGAGAUUAAGGUGGACAUGGAGAUAUCCACUUCGGCCGCUGAGGUAACUGAAGGUGAAAAUAUUAUGGGUUCACAUGGUUUACAAUUGGAUGAUAAUGAACCUCCAAAUUCAGCUAAAGAAGAGGUGGAUAAAGAGAUAAGUAUUAGUGAGGAGACAGGUAUUGUAGGCGACGCAGCAAUGAAUGACAUAAAAAAAAUGGAAGAUAGUAAGAGUGGGGUGGCGGAGGAGGAAAGUCUUGUAGCCAAUGCGGAGAUGGAUGAAAAGAAGCAAAUGGCAGCACCUGAAAAUUCUGUGCCAAAUGAUUUGGAGUUUGUUGGUCAACAGUCAGUGGUUACAGUUAGUAUUGAGCAAAAUAAGGAAAAUAUUCAAGAGGAGGGGAUUCCAACUGCGGACACUGAAAUGGAGAAGAAGAUUGAGGCUGAAAUGGAGAAAGAGAUUGAGGCUGAAAUGGUGACUACUAGGGUUAGUGAUGUUGAGUCCAAUGCUAAAAUAGAUGAUUCAGUGUCUGUUCCACAAGACGAGGAAGAUGAAGACGUGGUUGCUGAGGAGGGAUCUGCUCUGGCGGAGACGGAAUUGGAAACUGAAACAGAUGUUGGGGAGUCAAGCAAGGCUGCUGGAGAGAAGCGCAAGAGGGGGAAGAAUUCUAAAAAUUUGACUAAUUCUAAAAUUGGAGGAAGAGCUCAAAAGCUAAUGGAUGAGGAUGUUUGUUUCAUUUGCUUUGAUGGGGGGGACCUUGUGCUGUGUGACCGGCGGGGUUGCCCCAAGGCAUAUCAUCCUUCUUGUGUUAAUCGGGAUGAGGCAUUCUUCCGUGCAAAGGGCAAAUGGAAUUGUGGUUGGCAUAUUUGUAGCACUUGUCAAAAGAAUGCCUAUUACAUGUGUCUUACCUGUCCUUUUGCCUUGUGCAAAGGAUGUGUGAAAGAUGCUGUUUUCUUAUGUGUCCGAGGAAAUAAAGGCUUUUGUGAGACAUGCAUGAGGAUUGUCAAGCUAAUUGAAAGCGAUGACAAAGACACUAACAAUGUUCAGAUUGAUUUUGAUGAUAAGAGUAGCUGGGAGUAUCUCUUCAAGGAUUACUACACAGAUUUGAAAUCCAAAUUGUGUAUAUCAUCAGCUGAAAUUGCCAAGGCCAAAAAUCCCUGGAAGGGUUCUGAUGUAUCAGCAGGCAAGGUAGGGUCACCUGAGGCUGCUGUAGUAACUUGCAAUGCUGGAGGUUCUGGUACAGAAAAUUCUGGUGAGAAUCCUGAAGCGAGUAAACCAAAGAGGAAAAAGGGUAAGAAACGGUUAAGAUCUGUUGCUAAUGAAGAGGAAUCUGCUGGUGCGGUUGUGAGAGGAGGUGGUGAAGACAUUUCUUCACCAGGCAAGACUGAAUGGGCAUCGGAAGAACUUCUGGAAUUUGUUGUGCACAUGAAAAAUGGUGAUAAAUCUGUUCUGUCUCAAUUUGAUGUUCAGGCUCUCCUGCUUGAAUAUAUCAGAAGGAACAAACUUCGUGAUCCUCGCAAGAAAAGUCAAAUUAUUUGCGAUACGAGACUUGAAAAUCUUUUCGGAAAGCCCCGUGUCGGUCAUUUUGAAAUGUUAAAACUCCUUGAAUCUCACUUUCUUAUUAAAGAGGAUGCUUAUACGGAGGAUAAUCAAGGGAGUGUUGUUGAUACUGAAGUGAACCAGCUGGAUGUUGAUGAGAAUGCUGAAACACCUACAAAGGGGAAUAAAGAGAGGAAACGAAAAAUAAGAAAAAAGGUUGACAAUAGAGGAACUUUAGCUAACCGUUAUGACUAUGCAGCAAUUGAUAUUCAUAAUAUUAACUUAAUUUACUUGCGGCGAAAGUUGAUGGAAGACCUUAUUGAAGAUAUUGACGAGUUCCAGCACAAAGUUAUUGGUACUUUUGUGCGAAUAAGAAUUUCUGGUAACACUCAAAAACAGGACCUUUACAGGCUGGUGCAAGUUGUGGGUACGAGCAAAGCGGCUGAGCCGUAUAAAGUUGGCAAAAGGACAACUGAUAUGAUGUUGGAGAUAUUAAAUUUAAACAAGACAGAGAUUGUAUCCAUUGAUACAAUUUCUAAUCAAGACUUCACUGAGGAAGAAUGCAAGCGACUACGCCAAAGUAUAAAAUGUGGACUACUUAACAGAAUGACUGUGGGUGACAUUCUUGACAAGGCCAUGGAAAUACAGGCAGCUAGAGUGAAUGAUUGGCUGGAGUCAGAAACACUCCGACUUAGUCAUCUUCGUGAUCGAGCAAGUGAUAUGGGGCGUAGAAAGGAGCUUAGAGAAUGUGUCGAGAAAUUGCAGAUUCUGAAGACACCUGAGGAGCGCUUGCGUAGAUUAGAGGAAAUUCCAAAAAUACAUUCUGAUCCUAAAAUGGAUCCAAAUCAUGAGUCAGAGGAAGAUGACAGUGAUACUGAUGAUAAUAGACGAGAAGUUUUCCAGAAAACCAGUAACUCUGGCUUUACCAGGCGUGGAAGGGCACCAAUUUCUCCUCGGAGCGAUUAUUCUCCUAAAGAUUCUCAUAAUGGAGGUAAUUUUUCAGACAAGAAUCGGGAACCAAACAGAACCAUAUUCAGUAAAAAUUUGUCAAUCGCUAGUGAGGAUGCCAGUGACAAUCAAAGUGGCAGUAUGGUGAAUGAGGAUCUAUGGAAUCAAGGAAGAGAGAAAAACCGUGAAGAAUUGAAUAAUUUGGUGAAUCUCAGUCAACAUACUAAGUCUGAUAUUGCUGGAUUUAAUUCUAUGGCAUCAGUAAAUUUAUCAGUAUCUCUCCCAGCUAAGGAAGCAGAAACUGUUGUGAAAAUUAAUGAGACGCAAAAGGCAUGGCAUUACCAGGAUCCAUCUGGGAAAGUUCAAGGACCAUUUUCUAUGGCGCAGUUGCGUAAAUGGAGCAACACUGGAUACUUCCCUGCUGAUUUGAGAAUUUGGAGAGCUAUUGAAAAACAAGAUGAGUCUAUACUUUUGACUGAUGCAUUGGCUGGAAAGCUCCACAAGGAGACCUCAGGAGACAGUAAAUUUGUAGCAGCAUCUGGGAAAACUUCUGAAACAUCCUUGCUUCUAUCUCGAGAAAAUUCAUUUGGAGAAAGAUCAAAUGGUGAUCAGCAUCGUGAGGCUCAAACUUUUCAUUUGGACAUAUCAAAGGGCUUAAUUGCUCCACCUGCUGAGGUCCCGAUACUUUCUACAGAAAAGUGGACCAGGACUAACUUGUCUAAUCUUCCUUCUCCCACUCCAAAACAUAGUAAUACAGUUGAGACUGGAGAACAUGGGGGUACUCUCAUUGGUGGAACUUCAUAUGCUGGUGGCAUCCAAUCACCUGCUGCAGCUUUGCCACAGCUCGGGAAUCUUCCUUCUGUGCAUGGUUCAGUUCUUAAUUCCAGGGAGCAGUUAAUGAACAGUCUUGAAAAUGAUUCUGUUGUUUCUGGUAUUAGGUUUGGUCAAGCUACUAAUUCUGAACAGAAUAUUUUAGGUUCUGUUAAUUCUUCACAAAUUCCCUCAUUAGCUGCAACAGGGGAACCACGUACACUGGAGGAGCACGGCCAUCAUCCUGCUCAAACCAAUGGUUCUCAUCCAAUUCAAUCGGGAAAUAAUCAGACUCCUCGCAUUGAAAGUCAUGGUUGGUUGGGGCCUCCUACUCAAAAGGUUGAACCAAGUAAUUUUGUUCCUAUGCCUGGACAAUCCCAUGGUUAUGGUCCCUGGGGUGUUAUUUCACCUCAAGCUCAGAAUCCCACUGGCAAUUUUGCAACCACAGGUGCUCCUGCUUUGCCUCAGCCUGAGUUUUGGGGCCCUCCAGCUCAGAGUAAUCAACCUAAUAUGCAGACCCCGGCAAUGCCCAAUCUAGCUUGGGGCACAGGCCUGAUAGAGAACAACUCUUCUGCUUCGGUGUUGAGAUCUGAGAAUUCAAGUACAGGCUGGGCGCCGGUUCAAACAAACCCAAACAUGGGUUGGACUGGGGUAGCACCAGGAACUACAAACAUUAGUUGGGGAGCUACUGUUCAAGUGCCGGCUCCUGGUAGUGCAAAUCAUGGUUGGGCUAGCGCUUCGGGGAAUGUAGGAUCUUCCGUCCAAGGGCAGAUGCCAAGUAAUGUAAUUUCUGGGUGGGUUGCAGCACCUGGGAACUCUGGAGUUCAGGGAAUGGUCCUUGGGGGUGCAAACCCUGGUUGGAUUGCUCCAGGUGGGAAUGUUGGAUCUGCUGUUCAAGUUCCAGUACCAGGGAAUGGAUGGGCGAUGCAAACUGGAAAUCAAGGGGCUCCUGUUCAAGUGGCACCAUCAGGGAACACAAGCCAAGGUUGGGGUGCUCCACCUGGGAACCAGGGAACAUGGGGGAGUUCGGGUCAAAAGGACAAAGGGUCUCAGGUAGGCGAUUCUGGUUUUGGUGACAGCAGGCCCAAGGGUCCUCAGGUUGGAGAUUCUGGUUAUGGAAAUCGCAGGCCAUGGAAUAGGCAGUCAUCUUUUGGCAGUAGAGGACGAGGACCUUACAAUGCUCCCAGAGGCGUACUGUGUCCAUACAAUACGAAUGGGAAGUGUAGGAAAGGGUCUCAUUGUAAUUAUAUUCAUGAAGGGUGAUUUGCUAGUCUAGCAUGGAUAGAACGAUUUUGUACAGUAAUAUAAUUAGAAUUUCGAUUUCAUCAUAGGCUGUUUUGGUGCUUUGUAGCAGUUGUAAAACUUUUUGUGCGGUUUCAUGGCACAUCUUUUCUUAUGCAAUUUUGCUUUGGCAUAUUC